AUGCCGAAAUCACGAUUUACCAAUAUUAUUUGCAAGUCGUACAACAAAACCUUUGGCGAAUUCGAAACCUGUAAACUAAAUGUGCUCGGCAGAGGCGUCAUCGGUGUUCAACUGCAUCUCAAGUUAUAUAUAGUACCGAUCAACACGGUAUCCUCCAACUUGAGUGUACUACGUCGAUACAAUGGAUUCAAGCCAUUUAUGUACAACACCACACUUGACUUCUGCAAGUUUGCAAAGCAAUCGAAGAAAUUGUCCUUCGAGAAACUUGUUCUCGACGCUAUUGCCACGAAAUCUAAUCUGAAUCACACUUGCCCCUAUACACAUGAUAUCAUUGUGAAUAAUCUGGUGUUUAACGACAACUUCCUGCAGUCGUUGCCACUGCCACAAGGUGAAUACAAGAUACAAAUGUUAUUUGGCUCCGACAACAUCUGGAGAGUGCAAGUGGACAUCGUCAUCUUAAGAGAGGAGUGA